CCCAAAAAUCUUCACUCUUUUAUUGCCACCUGAAACUGGCCAAAUUUCAUACACGCGCACGCGCACGCGAAGAGCGUGGAAGCAGAUUUGCAGUAAUAACGUUAUAUAAUCGUGUGUUUCUUUGUGUGUGCAAUGUGCAUCAGCAUCUAUAUGUAUUUCUCUAAUUAGCAAAAAUGAGCCUUCUUGUUAAUCCACUCGCUACAACCUGUGUAAAAGAUGUUCACGGCGGCCGGAGAUCCAGAUCCGGUCUCCUCUCAACCUCUGUCAAAACUCGCAUUUCAGCAGUUUAUACCAAAGAAGAUAAAAAUCCGACUUGGGCGGCGUUCGAUUUCAAGCGCUACAUGGUCAAGAAGGCGGAUUCCGUGAACAAAGCGUUGGAGGCAGUGGUCCAGAUGAAGGAGCCCCUGAAGAUCCACGAAUCCAUGCGGUAUUCUCUCCUCGCCGGCGGGAAGCGAGUGCGGCCGAUGCUGUGCAUCGCCGCCUGCGAGCUGGUCGGCGGCGAGGAGUCGACGGCCAUGCCGGCAGCCUGCGCGGUGGAGAUGAUCCACACCAUGUCGCUGAUGCACGACGACCUCCCCUGCAUGGACAACGACGACCUCCGCCGCGGGAAGCCGACCAACCACAAGGUCUUCGGCGAAGACGUGGCGGUCCUGGCCGGCGACGCGCUCCUGUCGUUGGCGUUCGAGCACGUGGCGGUGGCGACGAGGGGAUCAGCGCCGGAGAGGAUCUUAAGGGCUCUGGGCGAGCUGGCGAAGUCGAUCGGGGCGGAGGGGCUGGUGGCGGGGCAGGUGGUGGAUAUAUGCUCGGAGGGGAUGGCGGAGGUAGGGCUGGAUCACCUGGAGUUCAUCCACCUCCACAAGACGGCGGCGCUGCUGCAGGGCUCGGUGGUUAUGGGGGCGAUUUUGGGCGGAGCGAAGGAGGAGGAAGUGGAGAGGCUCAGAAAGUUCGCCAAAUGCAUCGGCCUCAUGUUUCAGGUGGUCGACGACAUUCUCGACGUCACCAAGUCGUCGCACGAAUUGGGGAAGACGGCCGGGAAGGAUUUGGUCGCCGAUAAGACCACGUAUCCUAAGCUUCUAGGCGUCCAGAAAUCCAAGGAAUUCGCCGACGAUCUCAAUCGGGAAGCGCAGGAGCAGCUCCUUCACUUUGAUUCUCACAAGGCUGCUCCCUUGAUUGCUAUUGCCAAUUAUAUUGCUUAUAGGAACAAUUGAAUUCAAAAUCACUCUCAAUUCUAAUCGGACCAGAAUCUUGUAAUUCUAUAUUUGGAUAACUUUUUCAAAUUAAUCAGUUUAUAUAUUGAAUCA